AUGAAAAUAAAAACAGAACAACGUAAGAAGCAGAACUACAAGGAUUCGACGGUGACUCUCAAAAACGAUUCCUACCAUCCCAUUCAAGCUGGCAGCAUUGAUGGCACUGAUAUUCUUCCUCAUGACAAUGCCGUUUUUCGUGCUCAACUCUGUUCCUCUAUUGGCCUCUAUGACCCUUUUGGUGAUCCCAAGGCCACUGGAGACCCUUAUUGCACUCUCUUUGUGGCUCGCCUCUCUCGCCUCACCACCGAAGAUGCUCUUUGCAAGGUUAUGAGUAAGUAUGGUCGCGUGAAGAACUUGCGCUUGGUCAGAGACAUUGUGACUGGAGCUUCUUGUGGUUAUGCUUUUGUUGAAUAUGAAACUGAAAGGGAGAUGCGACGGGCAUAUAUGGAUGCUCAUCAUUUGAUAGUUGAUGACUGUGAAAUCAUAGUGGAUUACAACAGACAGCAAUUGAUGCCUGGAUGGAUUCCUAGACGGUUAGGCGGCGGUCUUAGUGGUAAGAAGGAAUCAGGACAACUUCGUUUUGGGGGAAGAGAAAAACCAUUUCGGGCACCCCUGAAACCAAUCCCAUAUGAGGAAUUGAAGAAGCUUGGCAUCCCACCUCCACCUGAGGGAAGAUACAUGUCACGCUUUCAGGUCCCAUCCCCCCCUAGAAGAAGAGAAAGGAACCUUUCAGAAAAGGAAGAAGACUCUCAUAAAAGGGGUUCUAAUGAUAAGAACAAGACAGAAGAUACACUCAAAAGCUCAGUGGACUUUGAGGAAGGGCACUACAGAAGGAGUUCAAGUCACCGAGAUGACCACUCACAUAGAAGGAGCUCUUCGGAGAGGAGCGGUCGUUACCGUGACAGGAGUUCAUCUGAGAAAGAACAUUGGCACAGAAGUUCUACUGACACUGACAGACAUUCUGGUAAAAGAAAAGAAAGAGAUGAACACCCUCGAAGGCGGGAAAAAUAUAGGCACAGUUCUCCUCAUGAGGACUAAGGUCUACAACUCACUCUCACCCUUCUAUGGUGCCUUUCAUCUUGUGUAUAUAAUAUGUUAAUAUACAUAGUAGAAAUGGGAAUGCAGAGUGGUUAUCCUCAAAGAUUUGUCAAUAUGCAUGAAACUUGUUCAUGUAGGUUCAUGUAUAGGUUCCGUGAUCAUCAUAUUUUUUGUGUUUUUUAUAUAUAUUUCUUUAUCAUCGAACAAUGAAGUAAAUUGCAUUUGUAAUAGCCAACCCAAAAGUCCCUAUGGCUUAUAAAACUACACUACAGGGAAAUGUAGACCCAUUCGCCUUAGGACUCA